AUGGUCAGCAUUCUGCAACAGGCCAUCAAAGAAGACAUUCUGGUUUUACUGCAACAUGAUGACAAUUCUCAGUCGAUGUGGCAAGCUUUAAAACUGAAGUUCCAAGGCCGUGUAUCGAUGAUUAAAAGUAAGAAAGCAUUAAUCAAGAAAGAAUUUGACAUUUUUACCGGGAUUAAAGGUGAAACGACAAAGCAGUUAAUUGAACGAUACUGUCAUAUUCUGGUAGAAAUGAAACGGUUGGAGAUUACUAAGACGAAUGAAGAAUGGAUUGAUAAGAUGUGUGAUGCACUACCGUAUGAUGAAUGGGGCACUUACUUAAUGAUGCUGAAGAAUAAUUCUGACUUUGUGAAUCUAAACCUCAGCUCAUUCAUCGAGAAGAUCGAAGCCCAUGAGCUGGAAUUGCUGAAAAUCAAGAAGAUGAACUCAGCGAGUGUGCAGCAAGAUGUAUCUCUGUAUUACAAAGGCAACACUCCAGUUGCAACUCUUCAAAGUCCAAAGAUACAGACGGGGUUUAUUGCUGACAAUACCUCAACUCAGGAAAAGCCUUCACCUCAAAGCUCUACAAGUUCUAAUAAUCAGGCAUAUGUUUCUGGGGUGCAGUGCAAUAUUGCGGUAAAUAUCAAGAAUGGAAACGAGAUUACUGAAACAGAAGCAAAACAACAUAUUGCACUACUUGCUUCCGUUCUUGAGGCUUAUGAAGGCCGGAACAGUCUUUCAGGUCCCGAUCAAAAGUUAGGGUUCGACAAGUCGAAAGUUACGUGCUUUAAAUGUAAAGAACGUGGUCACUUCAAAAGAGAAUGCCCUGACCGUGAAGUGAACAAUCAUCAAAACCCGUUCACAAACGACUAUUACAGGCAAGCGAUCUAUCACCGACCAAACCAACAGCCAGCUGUUCAGAGGCCGCAGAUCGAGAACAAACCUGAAAAGGCGUUGAUCGUGAAUCAAGACGAUGAAAAGGCCAUGAUGGCAGAAGUAGUUGAAAUAUCUGAGAUGGUGUCUGAGCCAGAGAUAGUUACUGAAGAUGUUUCUGUGGUUGCUGAAGAGGUUUCUGUUGAAAAUGUGGUCGAUAUUGAAGAAAUAGCUGCUGAAGUGUAUUACUACCAGUCAGAGCAGGAAGUAUUGGCAAGUUCAAUGAAAUCGAUAAUGCCUCCUAAAAUUUUUGAAUCUUUUGCAGGUUAUUUCGAAGAACCAAAGACCGGAUCAUGCCCAAGAUUUGAAGACAAUAAAGAAGUCGUUGAAGAAUUGAUCGACGUGUCGAAAGAGCUGACUGGAGAGGCAUUAAAGGACAUAGCUGAUAAAGAUCUAAUGGGAAAGCUGAGAGAGGUAGACUCAGAACUCGAGAAGUCAGAGUUUGUCAGUACUGUGUCGGUCGAAAAGGAGUCUGAUCAGAAAUCUGGAGUUCAGGAGAUCAAAUCUGUCAAAAUGUCUGAGUCUGAGUUAGACAAUGUCGCUUCAUCGUACGUUCUUGAACAAAUUGUCCCACAGCAGCCACAUGCUGCACCAGUCUUUAAGAGCGUUCCACCCCCAAUUUGGAAUCACUAUAAACAGAAAUAUCCAGAUGGGGUGGAAGCUGCUUUGAAUCUCAAGUUGAGAUCGAUUGAGGAUAAUUUACCUGAAAACAUCGAUGUCACAUUCUCUGCAUCCGACACCGACAACGAAUCACAGGUUAUCAAAACAGUUGUCGAUCAGGUGUUAGAUGAGGAGAGUGAUACAUCUGAAAAAUCUCAAUCUGAAAAGGUUGUUAGUGAUUCUGAAGAUGAGGGGAAUUUCUUAGAUCGGUUCAUACCGAAAUCGGAAAAGAACAAACUUUAUUCCGAUUUCGCGUAUCCUCUUCAGAAUGUGAAGAUUGAGAAUGUUGAAAAGGUGUUUAAAUUGGUUGAAAUGAAUAUUAAUGAGGUUAAUAACAAUGAAUUCUUUUCAAAACCUAAAAAGUCGUUUGUUACAUCACGUCCUACAAGUUCGGGAAAGAAAGAAGGGGAUGGUAAAGUGAAAAAGUUGAAAGAGGAGACAGUCAAAUCAACGUUUGUCGAAUAUGACAAAAGGGUUUGUUAUCGCUGCAGUGAAAUCGAGCACAUGGCAAAACAGUGCAAGAAAGUGAUUGAGAAACCUGUUGUUGUAAAACCAAUUGUUUAA